CAGAGGAGGAGGCCAGUUGUUGUGUGACAGUAGACAAGGCAUGGAUGAUGCUAUCCUGAAGGGACCACAGAGAUGCUGUCACUUGACUGUAUCUGCUUUGAAAUGCGUUUGAUCUCUUUACAAAGAAAACGUUAUAUUUUCUAACGAAAAUUUUAACGUAAGUAGAGACUGUUGUUUCUGUUUUGAAAGAAAAUGUCAACUUCAAGUAGUCUUUCAAAAAGAACAGAAGCCUGGUAAAAUCGAAAGAUAAAAGGAAAAUACUGUCGGGAUGUCGCCUAGUGUAGGUUAAUCAUAAUUUCUCCAUGAGGACCAGAAAAUGCUCGAAUUUCUCUACCUCACGGGUGCAUUUUCCGUUGGACCCUCUUCAAGGGCCAUCUGCAGGGGUCGCUUCCCUUUCCCGCCCCUCUUAUGUAAUCGAUCAAUGAAUAAGGUUUCAAGCCAAGGUUUAUUUUUUUAUCGGAAGGCAUCGUCCACCAGUGUGAUACAGCCGGGGCUGCAUGGAUAAUGUGCAGCAGAUAUUCUAUAAUAAACAAGACGUGUAUUUACGAUGAUGGGACCGCGGACACCGAUAGAGCCAGACGCAACCAUGAGCCCGCUUCAUCGAUCCUCGCGUUCCCAUGGUGACAGGUCUGACUCCACGGAGACCCUCCAGAAGAACAAGAGCAGCAACACUGGAGUUAUUCUGGACAUCUCAGCCCUUAAGUUGGAGGAGGUGGACUCUGAGGUCCCUCCUCUACCGCCCCGCUACCGCUUCAGGGACCUGCUGCUGGGGGACCAGUCCUUUCAGAACGACGACAGGGUGCAGGUGGAGUUUUAUGUGAAUGAAAACACCUUCAAGGAGAGGCUCAAGCUGUUCUUCAUCAAAAACCAAAGGUCAAGCCUGAGGAUCCGUCUGUUUAACUUCUCCUUGAAGCUGUUGACGUGUGCCCUAUACGUCCUCAGAGUGGCUCUGGACGACCCCGAACAGGUCACUGGUGUAUGUGUGAACUGUCAGAACCGAACAAACACAGCAGCAGAAUCUACAGAAAGCACAGAAAUCAACUGGGAGUUGAUUUUCUGGGUGAACAGAAGGGUUCCUGUAUGGGCAAUACAGGUGAUCGUGGCCUUAAUCAGCUUCCUGGAGGCGAUGCUCCUUACAUAUCUCAGCUACAAAGGGAAUAUCUGGGAGCAGAUGUUCCAGAUCUCUUUCAUUCUGGAGAUGAUCAAUACCGUGCCAUUUAUAAUCACUAUCUUCUGGCGUCCAUUGAGAAACAUCUUCAUCCCAGUGUUUCUCAACUGCUGGUUAGCCAAGUGUGCCCUGGAGAAUAUGAUUAACGAUCUUCAUCGUGCCAUCCAGAGGAACCACUCUGCCAUGUUCAACCAGGUCCUCAUCCUCAUCUGCACCCUACUCUGUCUGGUCUUCACUGGGGCGUGUGGUAUCCAGCAUCUAGAGAGGGCAUCUAAUCAGAACCUGACUCUUUUCAACUCUCUGUAUUUCUGCAUCGUCACCUUCUCUACCGUGGGCUAUGGUGACGUCACACCUCAUAUCUGGCCUUCUCAGCUGCUGGUAGUCAUUCUCAUCUGUGUGGCUCUCGUGGUGCUCCCGCUACAGUUUGAGGAGCUGGCCUAUCUGUGGAUGGAGCGUCAGAAGUCAGGAGGGAACUACAGCAGACACCGGGCCCAGACAGAGAAACACGCGGUCCUGUGUGUCAGCUCUCUGAAGAUAGACCUGCUCAUGGACUUCCUCAAUGAGUUCUACGCUCACCCUAGAUUACAGGACUACUAUGUGGUGAUCCUGUGCCCUACGGAGAUGGACAUCCAGGUGCGUCGUAUCCUCCAGAUCCCCCUGUGGUCCCAGAGGGUCAUCUAUCUCCAGGGCUCAGCGCUCAAAGACACAGACCUCAUGAGGGCCAAGAUGGAUGAUGCAGAAGCCUGUUUUAUCCUGAGCAGUAGGAAUGAGGUGGACCGCACUGCGGCUGACCACCAGACCAUCCUCAGAGCCUGGGCUGUAAAGGACUUUGCCCCAAACUGCCCCCUGUAUGUCCAGAUCCUCAAACCAGAGAACAAAUUCCAUGUGAAGUUUGCUGAUCACGUAGUCUGUGAGGAGGAAUUCAAGUUCGCCAUGCUGGCUCUGAACUGUGUGUGUCCAGCCACAUCCACCCUGGUCACACUCCUAGUGCACACCUCCAGAGGACAGGAGGGCCAGCUGUCUCCAGAACAGUGGCAGAGGACAUAUGGACGUUGCUCGGGGAACGAAGUCUACCACAUCCGCCUCUGUGACAGCAAGUUCUUUGGGGAGUAUGAUGGGAAGAGUUUCACAUAUGCCUCCUUCCAUGCACACAAGAAGUAUGGUGUGUGUCUGAUCGGGGUGAAGAGGGAGGACAACAAGAGCAUCCUGCUGAACCCUGGUCCUCGCCACAUCAUGGCCGCCCCAGACACCUGCUACUACAUCAACAUCACCAAGGAGGAGAACAGCGCCUUCAUCUUUAAACAGGAGGAGAAGGACAACAAGGGCCUGCCGGUGGCCGGGCUGUACGAUGCCCCCUCCAGGCUGCCUGUACACAGCAUCAUCGCCAGCAUGGGGACGGUAGCCAUCGACCUCCAGAACCCGGCGGACCCCCCAGAGGACAGCAACAAGCUGACUCUGCCCACAGAGAAUGGGUCUGGAAGCAGACGGCCCAGCAUUGCCCCCGUCCUGGAGAUAGCUGACUCCUCCUCCAUCCUGCCCUGCGACCUGCUCAGCGACCAAUCAGAGGACGAGACCAAUCAAUCAGACGAGGAGGGCUCGUCGGUGUCAGAUUUUGUGAAAGGAUAUCCUCCCAACUCGCCCUACAUUGGCAGCUCUCCAACCCUGUGCCAUCUCCUACCACAGAAAGCCUCCUUCUGUUGCCUUCGCCUGGACAAGGGUUGCAGGCACAACAGUUUUGAGGAUGCCAAGGCCUAUGGUUUUAAGAACAAGCUGAUCAUAGUAUCUGCAGAGAUGGCAGGGAACGGCCUCUAUAACUUCAUCGUCCCUCUUCGGGCCUACUACCGCCCCAGGAAAGAGCUCAGCCCUAUCGUACUGCUAUUAGACUACCCGCCUGACAACCACUUCCUUGAAGCCAUCUGCUGUUUCCCAAUGGUCUACUUCAUGGCUGGAACUAUAGAUAACCUGGACAAUCUUCUGCAGUGUGGCAUCAUCUAUGCUGAUAACCUGGUGGUGGUGGACAAGGAGAGCACCAUGAGUGCUGAGGAAGACUAUAUGGCAGACGCCAAGACCAUAGUCAACGUACAGACCAUGUUCAGGCUGUUCCCCAGUCUUAGUAUCAUCACUGAGCUGACCCACCCCUCCAACAUGAGAUUUAUGCAGUUCAGAGCUAAGGACUGCUACUCUCUGGCUCUCUCCAAACUAGAGAAGAUAGAGCGUGAUAAGGGUUCCAACCUGGCCUUCAUGUUCCGCCUGCCGUUCGCUGCAGGCAGAGUGUUCAGUAUUAGUAUGCUGGAUACGCUGCUCUACCAGUCAUUUGUGAAGGACUAUAUGAUUCCCAUAGCAAGACUUCUACUAGGCCUGGACACAACGCCUGGGUCGGGUUACCUGUGUGCAAUGAAGGUGACAGAGGAGGACCUGUGGAUCAGGACGUAUGGCAGGUUGUUCCAGAAGCUGUGUUCCUCCAGCGCUGAGAUUCCCAUAGGCAUCUACCGUACAGAGUCUCACAUGUUCUCCUCCUCUGAGUCUCAAGUCUCCAUCAAUGUAGAGGACACGGGCGGUGACGAUCAGAGGGACAACAGAUGCAAGUCAUGGAAGGAGAAGACCGGAACCCACCGGAUGUCCACCACCAGCGAAUCAGAACACCCGUUACUGAGGAAGAAGAGCCUCCAGUGGGCGCGUCGUCUCAGCCGUAAAAACACCAAACCUCAGAGCCGCGCCGAGCGGAUCUCACAGCAGCGCCUCAACCUGUACCGGCGCUCAGAGAGACAGGAGCUGUCUGAGCUGGUUAAGAACCGCAUGAAGCACCUGGGACUGCCCACUGUCGGAUACGAGGAUGUUGCUAAUCUUACCGCCAGUGAUGUCAUGAACCGAGUAAACCUAGGAUAUUUACAAGAGUUGCAGGGCAUGUCAGAACAUCCGUUAGGAGAGGAGACCAGAACAGGGGCAAACACAGGUGGGUUUGGAGAAGCAGAAGCACUUUACCCCCCAACCCCCAAGCUUGAGUCCCAUUCUGUCCCAGAUGAGAUGAACGACCACCAGAACACUCUGUCCUACGUUCUCAUCAACCCCCCUCCAGACACCAUGCUGGAGCUCAAUGACAUUGUGUACAUCAUCCGGUCCGACCCGCUGGCGGGCCCUAACGUGCCAGAGGAUCCGGCUCAAGGGCAGAGCAGCGGCGGUGGCCGGAUGAGGCAGGACUUUGGCACUGAGACCAGGGACGAGACCCACCUCUGAAACCCCCUCGCCUCACCGCACUCUGGUCGCCAACCCCCCCAGGCACGAUACAGAGACCCCCCCCACCCCCAAGCCCUCGCCCACCAUUCAACCUUACCUUACUACCCCUACCUUCUCAGACUUACAGAGAGACACGUUUCACUGAGCUGCUAUGGAAGGAUGCAUGAAGAGUGCCUCAUCAUUAACUAACUACUUCACCCCUUAGAAAGCAUCAGACAGACACCACACUCUUUGCAAAAGAUAAAACAGAAACAAUGCACCAGUCACUGGAGGGAGAGAGAGACAGACUGGAAGCAAGACCCCUUCUGGACAAGUAACCAACCAGAAGAGAGGAUGAUGUCAGUGGUCCUGUGACACGCUUUAUUUUGAGCUCGUCGGCACGCUUGGUGGGUGGAGCUCGCACUUUAGGACCAAUGGAAGGGUGUCACAAGAGCAAACUCUGCCCAUAUGGUAUGCUGGCGAGCUAGACCAAGCACACCUGGUGUGUGUGUGUGUGGACUGUGUGGUUAUCAGUUACAAUAGCAAGUCAUGUACGGAGUUUGGGACAGAAAUGGUUAUUCCUUGUCAAGAUGUUAUGGCAGUAUCCUUACACAUCAAUCAUGAAAGUACAUGAGCACUUGUUAAAUUACAUUGACUUUCGUUUUUGAUUUUAUUAUUUUCCCUAGCAAAAAUGUAGAAAACAACGCAUCUUUUACUGCUACUUCUGGAUGUUUCCCCAUUUUGUUGUAUAUCAUGCCGUUUCUUAUAUAAAAAGUAUAGAAUCGUCAAAUGGAUUGAAGAACCGAUAUAAAUUCUGCCAUGCCCCUAUGUCGCUCUAUUUGUGCCAUAUCAUAUCUGGAUAUUUAUUUUAUACCUGUCAGUGUUCUACUUAAGUCAAUGUUCAAUCAUUCCAGAUUUCUGACAGUAUUUAAUCAGUUACAGUACAUUACAGUAAAAUGAUCCUGAGUUUCAAAGCGGUUUACAGUGGAACACCUAUGUUAAUACUUGUUAUGAGUACUUGUUUUGCACAAUAAGAGACAGGCACAGUUAAAGUGAUAGUUCACUACAAAAUUAAAGUUAUAUGUUUUCAGAUGUCAAAAGUAAUCUAAUGUAAAGAUGAGUUGGAGUUAACUAUCACUUGAAGUCUGUUAUUAUGGCCAGUACAUGGGCUUGGAGUAUAGUGUUGCAAGCUGGAUUCCAAAAUGUCCUUUCACUUAUACAGGAAUCACUUGUACAGUAAACGUAGUAUUGUCUGUGCUUUAGAUAUUUAAUCAUUAUUUAAGAUGUAUUUCCUUUUUUAUACUAUUGGACUAAUAUGUGUGGUUUUAUCAUUAUAAAUACUCAGACUUUUAAUCUUCAUUGUUUGGUUAAAAAAAAGAAAAGAAUGUGGGCCGUUAUUACAGAAAUAAAAAAAAGAAGGACUUGAAAUAGUUUUGCACUAAGCUCUGUGGUUGUUAAGAGCGUUAUAGCAUGACCCUUUAUACCGAAACUUAAACUAUACAAUAAAACAGACUACAGUAUUCACAGCACAGUAUGAGGCAGUCUCCAUACAGUCAGAGAGAGAGGUGUUAUAAACACAUUGUCAACUUUGUUAAGUAAGUUUGCAGAGUUUAAGGAUCAUUGUCAUUGUAAACGAUACAAUAUACUUUGUCCAUUUAGAUGGGAAAUAAUUUGUGAAGCUAGCAUACUGAAACAGCCUCUCCAUAACAGUACGCCAUAAUACAUUCAAUAUGGAAAACACUGAAAAUAUAUUUUGAUAUGUGCCAUUACCGUUCGUUUGUUAUAAAAAUGUAACAGGUAGUUCUAAAGGAACAUGCAUUUCCUGACUGCAUGAAUACGAUUAGGUUGUUGGGAAAGUUAGUUAAGAUGGAGGAUAAAGUCAAGCUUUGACAUUCUGGCCUGAGCAACAUUGAUACUUUGAUAUCAGGACUGAAGUUCUUUAAGGUGUAUUUCUGGCUGUGUUUGAGAUGUAUAGUAUUACAACAUUUUCCAUUGAAUUACUGUAAGUGUAGAUAGAUUAUGUCCGAUUCUAGCCAGGCCCCCAGAAGGGCAGUUUACAUAUCUGGAGGACUAAAGAAGGGUACAGUUGAUCACCAUGGAAACAAUGAGCAUGUACAAUCCCAUCAGCACCAUAGAAUUAGAAUCCAUAGAAAAUCUGUUUGUGGUUUUUGAAGUUAAUACUGUAGUAUAGAAAGGGGCAUGCAAACACAAAAAGCAUGUUUUGAAAUAAAGCUUGCCAAACGAGAUAUUUUUUCCUACAGUUAGAUUGCCGACCUGUGUUAAGUAUCACAACUAGAAAAUGUAUCUGAUGAUAAUAUUCCCCGCUUGUUAUUUGUAAGCAUAUCAUUUGAUAUCUUUAUAUGGGACCAUGCAUGUCCUCCAGACUUAUCAAAAACCUCUGUUUACUUUAUCAUGUUUUUAAUUAAUUGUGAAAAGGUUUGAUCCAUUUUGUACUAUUUCCUAUUAUGAAGUCUGUGUACUUCUCUACCAUGAUGUAAAAUAUGAAACAAUAAAUGCUACAUGCAGCUGGGAACAUUGAAA